UUGUUUAUCAUGCCAUGGUUAUAUUAAUAUACGUCAUUGGUUAUAUUGGUUUGUAUCCAACCUUCACUUAAGUUGUCUGCGAUAUCACUUAUGUGGAAGCAGACGUUAAACACCAAGAACUACUACUACCUUCACUUAAUUUAUUAGUUGACAUAUGAUUAUAAGUUUAACAAUACCAUAAAGUUCAAUGACAGAAACCAACUUCUAGCUAUAAAAUUAAUAAUGGGAUCUCGUUUAGCAAGUCUAGACCUGAUAUUGAAGAGUUUGAUUGCUACUGAAUUUAUUAAUCUAGAGAAGAAAAAUUGGAAUGCCAUUUCAAAACUGAUACCAGGCACUACAGCCAGCCAGUGUGCUAAGCGUUUUGAUGAAUUAGUUGCCUCUAGUACAGCAUUAAAGAUCAGCAAACUUACUAAAUUAACCGGUCCUAGUUUGAUAACUCCAGGUUUACAAGACUCUGAUGCCAGUAGCAAAUCUAGUAAUAAUAGUAGACCACCUUCUGCAUCUAGAUCUAGAAUUCAGAAAGAAGACAAAAAGAAGGAACCAAAUGAAGAAAAACCAACAGCUGAACUUGGGCCUGUGAUGGUUAUACAUGUAUGUGAUGAGGCUAAAAACUUAAAGAAAGACUUUUUCUGUCCUAGAGAUUUAUUAGUUAAAGAAAUGAAAUAUUUUGCUGAAUAUCUCUCUAUGGAUGCUCAACGUUGGGAGGAGGUGGACAUUUCAGUUCAUUGUGAUGUACAGAUUUUUGAUUGGCUGAUGAAAUACGCAAAACGAUAUUUAAAUCAACCCGAAGGUGUACAGGAAAGACCAAAGUUAGAAGCAAAUAAUGUUGUAUCCAUCUUGAUAUCAUCAGAUUUCUUAAAGAUGGACAGUCUGGUUCAAGAAUGUAUAGAAUUUUGUCAUAAACAGAUAUCAGCAAUAGUUGGAACAAACUGUAAUAUGAACUGUAUUAAUGAUAACUUAGUAUCAAGAAUUGCAGACCUUUUUACGCAUACAGAAGCUGAUGAAAUCAAAGAUAAAAAAGACAAAUUCAAAAAUAAAUUAUUUGCUAAAAAAUUAGAGAAAUUAUUUGAAGGAAAUUCUGCCGAUUCACCUGGUUCAGCGUCUUCUUUGUUUAGAUGUUCUGUAUGUAAAAGAAUACUCAAUCAAUCAAUGAAAAAGAGAGUUAAAUGUUUGCCAAGCAGAAUGACAAUAGACAGACAUGGUCAACUUACUUACUGUCAUCUACAAGAUACAACUUUUGAUGUAAAUGAAUACUUGAUAGAUCUAAAAUUACAAUUAAAAAGAUGGCAAGAAGUUUAUUGGAGAGUUUGGGGGACAAUAAACUGUCUGCCUUGCAGUCGAUGUUCAGAAGUCUUCCCAUUGAUUGAAUUUGGUCAUUGUAAAUAUCAUCCCGAAGCUCCUCGUUAUGACAAUGAGUCUGGCAUCGGUUCUUGCGUUGGUGUUUAUCCAUGUUGUCAUCAGAAUACAUUACGAUUUGAUCCUACACAACAAAGCAGAGGAUGUCGUGUCAAGGAUCAUAUUGUAUAUGUAUCAGAGAUCACUGGAUUUGAAAAUGGAGAAGAAACAAAUAAAACACAACUACAAAAAUUAUCUGAUGAUUUACUAGCACAUAGAGACAUAAUAUGUAUACCAUACCAACGUAUGUCAGAUAAUAGUGAUCAAGAAUUAAACAUAUUUGAUAAUGAAAUAUUUGCUGUACAAGGUCAUCACCAUGGAAUAACAAUACCAACAUUUGUAGGGGAGGACAGCAAAACUGAUCUGAGUAAACCACAGCCUAGGUUACAAGCUUUAACAGUAGAGAAAGAUAUCUCAUUUGAUUAUGAUGAUUAUGGCAUGGGUGAAAGUGAUGAUGAAAUUGGUGAUGAAGAAUCAUUAAAAGGCACAGUAGUUAAAAAAGUGAAAGCAAAAAAAAAAUCAAGGGUAACAAUUGAACCACAGGCUAUUUUAGUUGGUGCUCCGGAAUUUCAGCAAACAAAGAAAUCUACCUGGGAUUCACAGAGGUCAACCAGGUUUAAUCAAGAUGCACAGAGACAAGAAGAUCAAAGAAGAAUGAAUGAAAUAUGUACAUUUUUAACCAAACUUCGACUGAACCAGGAGAAAACAGAAAAACAUAGUAAGAAAGAGUAUGCUGGUGGUCUUUUUAGUAAAAUAGAAGCUCAAUGGAAAGCUGCUAAUUUGUCACAACAUAAACAAAAUCAGAAUCAACAAAGGCCAAGAACAGGAAACAGUUUGUUUUAUAAAAGAGAUAGAUCUAUAAAUUCAACAUACCAAAGAUGAGAUUAAAUAGCUUGAGAGCAGGCAUAUUUUGAUUAUACUUGAGUUUUAUGACCAAGAUAGCAUCUUCAUCAAGGUUAUCCAGGAUUAUAAUCAUAAACAAACCUGAAAGAAGAACAGAUAACAGUGGAUUAUCUGAGAGGACAAUUUAUGUAGAUUCAUAUAUGAUACCUUACAUGUAUAUGAUAUUUAUCCAUGGUAUCAAUAUGAUUUUUGGUGUGUACCUGAAGUGAAAAGAUAAUAAAUGGCACAUUGAAAUUAA